CGAAGGCCACACGACAACAGACGAUACUGACAAGCGUCACGGGCACUAGCACAAGCUCCAAGUCUCACUCACUGAACACAACACCCAGCAAUCAGCCACUGCCCCAACCAAUCAAUCAAUGGAGCCCGGCAGAAGCAGCCAGCCCACCGGCACGAUCGCCUUCGCGUCCGUCGGCGUCACCAGCUUCGGCUUCGACGUCUUCUCCGUCGCCGUCCCGCAAUCCCCCGAGACCACCACUGCCGAGGAGCUCGCCGAGCGCUGCCACACGGACGGCGUCUCCGUCAACUUCAACGCGCAGUUCACCGAUGAUGAAGCAGGGGAGGAGGAGGAAGUGGCGUUCGUGUCGGAGCGCACGGGCUCCGCGGCCCUCUUCCUCUGCCGCCCCGGCGGCCGCGCCACGCCGCUGCCGGCCGUAGAAGAGAGCCUCUUCCACGACCGCCCCACUCUGCGGCGCGGCCGGCUCUACUUCGUCUCCGCGCACGAGAAGCCCCCCGGCGCGCCCUUCAGGAGCUGGGCGGCGCUCUACGCCACGGACCUCGAGAGCCAGGAGACAUCCAGGGUGACCCCGGAGGGCGUGGUGGACAUGAGCCCGGCCGUGUCGCCCUCGGGCGAGCUCGUGGCCGUGGCCUCGUACGGGGACAGGCCCUGGGCGUUCGAGUUCCGCGGCGCGCUCGACACGGACGUGGCCGUGUUCCGCGCCGCCGAACCCGCCCGCCGCGUGGUCGUCUCUGCCGCUCGCGGCGCGGGGUGGCCGGCCUGGCACGGCGAGAGCGCCGUCCUCUUCAACCGCGUCGCCCCCGACGGCUGGUGGAGCGUCUUCCGCGUCGACCUCGAUCCGGAAACUCUCUCCCCUUCCCCCGCCGCCGAGACCCGCGUCACCCCGCCAGGCGUCCACUGCUUCACCCCCACCGCCUCCGGCAACAACAACCACCGCUGGAUCGCCGUGGCCACGCGGCGGAAAGGACACAGCCACCGCCAGAUCGAGCUCUUCGACCUCGACACCUCCCAAUUCACCCCAAUCACCACGUUCCUCAACCCCAAAAUCCACCACUACAACCCCUUCUUCUCCCCCUCCGGCAACCGCCUCGGCUACCACCGCUUCCGCGGCCACGGCGCACCAGGCGAGUCAAAAAUCCCCUACCUCAACCCGGUCCGCACCCCGGUGAGCUCCCUCCGCAUGCUCCGGGUGCACGGCUCCUUCCCGUCCUUCUCCCCCGACGCAAAACACCUCGCCCUCAACGGCGACUUCUUCAAAUCCCCCGGCGUGACGGUGCUCAAGUCCGACGGGUCCAGGCGGUGGGUGGUGGCGGACCAGCCGGGCCUCUUCUACACCUCCUGGAGCCCCACGGAGCCCGGGGUCGUGUUCACCUCCAUGGGCCCGAUCUUCGAGUCCCCCAAGGCCACCGUCCGCAUCGCGCGCGUCGAAUUCGACCCGGCCCAGCUUCGAGACAACAACAACGACAAAGUGGACGUGGCGCUCAAGGUGCUGACGCGGCCCGAAGCCGGCAACGACGCGUUCCCGGCGGUGUCGCCGUGCGGGCGGUGGGUGGUGUUCCGGUCGGGCCGGUCGGGCCACAAGAACCUCUACAUCAUCGACGCGGCCCACGGCGAGAACGAGCCUGCCACGGCCCCGAUCCAGCGGCUGACCGACGGCGAGUGGAUCGACACGAUGCCUUGCUGGGCGCCGGACGGGAAGCUGGUGGCGUUCUCGUCGAACCGGCACGACCCGGGGAACGCGGCGGUGUUCAGCAUCUACCUGGUGCGGCCCGACGGGACCGGGCUGCGGCGGGUGCACGUGGCCGGGCCGCCGGGGAGCGAGGAAGCGGACAAGGAGCGGAUCAACCAUGUGUGCUUCAGCCCGGACGGGGAGUGGCUGCUCUUCACGGCGAACCUCGGCGGCGUGAACGCGGAGCCGGUCUCCGGGCCGAACCAGUUCCAGCCGUACGGGGAUCUGUACGUGUGCCGGCUCGACGGGUCCGGAUUGGUCAGGCUCACGUGUAACGCGUAUGAGAAUGGCACGCCGGCGUGGGGGCCUGCGCUGGACCUGGAAGACGGCGUGGGGUCGCUGGGGCUGGGAAAUCCUGCGGCGGAGGACUCGCUCGGGGAGUUCGACGAGCCGCUCUGGCUUACAUGCGACGUGUGAGGAGUGAGGACUGAUGGAUGAUUGUUGCCAUGGUGGAUUGGGUUGGUGAGCUCAGAAUAAAGAAGGUGUUGGAGACGUUUUGUAUUGCUGCUGAAUAAUAAAUCUAAGAGCUUGUCUUUUGUGGAAUCCAGAUGUAUUCGGUCAUCGGCUAAGGCUCACUCUUCCCUGCUUUUUUGAGUGUUUUGACAA